CAGUCACAAACCCGACUUGUUUGGAGCAGUUGUAAAUAAUUCAAAAUCGGAUUGGAAAUCUGGUUAAUCUGCUCCAGACACUAUGGGAAUUAAAUUAUUUAUAGUUGCUGUUGUUUUUUGCUCGUUGGCAUUGAGUGCGGCGGGUCAGAGGACAAGGACUCCUGACUGCUUAGCAAAACUUCCCGAUGGAAGGGUAGGGGGUCACUGCAUUCCGGUACGUCAAUGUGAUUUCUUUAUGAAAAUCCUGGAAGCCGGCAAUGUAUCAGAUAGUGAUCGGAUUUUAUUAAGGGAAAAUCAAUGCGAUAUACUAAAUCAGGAUAUCCAGGCAUGUUGCCCAAGUACAGUGGGUCUGGGAGCCCUUAAUCACCCACUGCUGCCUAGAGACUGUGGUAGAGUCAAGUGGCAGCGUAACAAUCAGACAGAAACAACGAUCAGGGAGUACCCAUGGUUGGCCCUCAUUGAGUUUACGAAGCAGAACAAUGAGAAAAUCCACGCAUGUGGAGGUGUACUUAUCAGUCAGCGUUAUCUCCUCACAGCAGCACACUGCAUUCAUAGCUCGAAUUGGACACUUAGUGGCGUACGCGUCGGCGAGUGGGAUACCAGCACCAAUCCUGAUUGCCAAGUUUCGUCGGACAGGUCCAUGCAAGUGGACUGUGCUCCAACUUACCAAGACAUUGCUGUGGAAGAGGUUAUAGUCCAUCCCUUAUACCAGAAAAAUAGUUUCAACCAAACGAAUGACAUUGCCCUUAUUCGUUUGGGAGCCUUGGCACAAUUAAAUGAUUUCGUUCAGCCCAUUUGUUUGCCCAACAAGCAACUGCGUGCUGACGAACUAGAGGGCCUGGUCACUGAGGUGGGCGGCUGGCAGGCCAAAACGAGUACCAGAAUGCGGAAAAGCCAAGUUAUUAUCACUUCUCUUAGGGACUGUCAAGAAAAGUACUCGGUCUAUCACCUGAAUAUCCAGCCCUCGCAACUGUGUGGUAAGGCUAAUGCCAACGAGUGUCAUGGAAAUUCUGGGGGACCCUUGAUGCUCUAUAAGAAUGAUGCUUAUCUAUUAGGUGGCUUGUUAUCCUUUGGCCCUGUUCCAUGUCCUUCGGCUGGUUGGCCAGAUGUGUUUACGCGAGUCGCAUCUUACAUAGAAUGGAUACACAGUAAACUGAGGGCCUAAAUUAAAGUAAAUGUAAAGUUAAUGUGCGCAAUUCGAAUACAAAUAAAAAAAAUUGAUCAAAA